AUUGGAAAAAGGAGACCAUAGAGUGGUGUGGCAGGAGCUAGCAAGCUAGCCAUAGCCAUAGCCAUAGGGAGCACAGGGCAGGAAGGAAGGGAGAGGUGAAUACUGAAUAGUGUUUGUUUGUUGUUUAUAUGCAAUUUUCUUUGCCUGGUCUGGAAAACAUAGAAAGACAGUGAAGAAAGCCUGCAAAGAGAAUCCAAGACUCAAACAUGGUAAAGCUUAGGAACCCAUUAUCCAAAUAACUUAGAUUCACCAUCUCCCUCUCUCACACACACAAAUCAAUUCUUUCUUUCCAAAAACCUCUCUUUUUCCACAUAUAUUUCCAUUGCAACCACCCCCACUUACACACAAAUACCUAGUUACCUGCUACGACUACUCACUAUAUCAAGAUUCUCGAGAGACAGAGACAUGGAGAAAGACAGAAAGAGUUAUUCAAAAGUGAAUGUUGUGUUACUCUAACAAGAAGGAUAAGAUGUUAGGUAUUUUGUUUCUCUUACUAUUCAACUCCAGUUUCUGUGACCAUUAGUGUAGAUCACCCAAAUCUUAAAGAGUCAAAGAAGACAGGAAGAAAGUUUAAGCAAGACUCCCCCAUUCAGUCAAUCUCCCUAUAUAUUAGCUGGCUAGCUGCUUGGUGUAUUUGCCUCCUUGAAGGGAAUUCUUAGUGCUAGCUUUAUAGUUCUUUCUACUUUUUAAUGGAGUUGAAGAGCAAAAGAUCACUCAUCUUCUUCAACAAGGAACCCUCUCUCUUUCAAUGUGUUUCUUUCACCAUCUUCUUCUUCUUGUCAUUUGUUGCACUCUUCAGCACCAUCUCUUCCAAGACUACAUGUCUAGGCAUCAUCAGGUGCCCAUUAUCCGGAAAAGCUCGUAAUUUUUAUUUUCAGGAGUUUGAGAAAACAAGAGGUUACGGGGACCCAAUGGAGGUUUCUUUGAGCAUGGCAAGGAGGUUUUUGAGUGGCCCAGGGUCAUCCCCACCACGGUGCACAUCAAAGUGUGGCAAGUGCACCCCAUGCAAGCCGGUGCAUGUGCCCGUGCCGCCGGGGACUCCGGUGACUGCUGAGUAUUACCCCGAAGCAUGGAGGUGCAAAUGUGGGAACAAGUUGUACAUGCCAUGAUGAUAUGUAAUCAUGCUAUUAGCUAGGUCUUUUUAAGGGUUUUUUCUUCAUUUUUGGAAAAAAAAAAAAAAAACAAGAAGAGGAAGAAGAAGAAAAGAACUCCAGUCGAUGAAAUUACUUGCUUGUGUAUUGACUACAUGGCGCAAGAUUAUUGCUCGCUAAUUAUAAAUUCUACUGUGAAAAUUGUUCA